UAGUGUUCUACAUUAGGACGCUGUGUACGACAAUCAAACGCUUCCAGGCAGAUGCACGGAAUACAGGGCGUGUCAGCCAAGCUCCAGUGCAGACAAGGAGAGGAGGGAAAUGCUGAUAGCUGAAAGGGAGAAAAAAGAUUUUCGUUCAACAGUGGCAUAGGAUGAGAAGAAAUGGAGGAAUUACCAUAUGCUCUGCUAUCACACAGUGGUGGGUCUCGGGGAUUUCCCAAAAGUUAUGAACCCCUUAUAAAGCAGCAUUUCCAAAUUGUGUACCUGGAUGAAUUUGCCCAUGACAAGAAAGCAUAUGCUCCAAAGAUAAAGGCUGUCUUGAGCUGGUGGCAUCUACCUGUUGUUGACAGAGAGCUUCUGGAUUCUCUUCCAAAUCUUAAAGUUAUAGCAAGCUCUGGAGCAGGGGUGGAUCACCUGGACCUAAACAUUAUAUCAAGUUAUGGUAUUGCUGUAUCCAAUACACCGGGUGUGGGAGAUGACGCUACUGCAGAUAUGGGAAUGGCUCUAAUGCUGGCGUCUGCCAAAAAUGUAGUAGAAGGCAACAAAAUAGCGUGUUCACCGGACACUAAAGAUUUUGAUUUCAACUGCUUGGGUGACGACAUCACAGAGGCCACGCUGGGUAUCAUUGGAAUGGGAAGCAUCGGUUACAGCAUAGCUCAGCGAGCCAAAGCUUUCAGAAUGAGAAUUCUCUACCACAAUAGAAACCGGAGAAGUCUGGAAGAAGAAAUGGCUGUAGAUGCUGAGUACUGCACUAACAUGGCCGAUUUACUUCAGCAAGCUGAUUUUGUUAUGGUCGUUGUAAAGCUGACCCCGGACACCCACAAAUUGAUUGGAAGAGAGCAGCUUCAAUUGAUGAAGCCUACAGCCACCCUUAUCAACAUCAGUAGAGGUCAAGUAAUUGAUCAAGAUAGUUUGGUAGAUGCCCUUAAUCAAGGAACCAUCAAGGCUGCUGCUCUAGAUGUCACUUAUCCAGAACCUUUGCCAAGGACUCAUCCCUUGUUGACAAUGAAGAAUAUUAUUUUGACUCCACAUGCAGGAAAUGCAACAGAUAAAACAAGGAGGAGAAUUGCAGAAAGGCUUGUAAGAAAUGCAGCUGACAUUCUACGAGGCCUGCCCAUACCCGAUAUAGUGGCAGCACCAUAAUUACAAUGUAAACAUAGGCAUCCCUGGCCUAGGAAUAUUAUAGUAGUGAUCAGAAAUAUACAGGUGCUUCUCCAUUGUUAUAAACUCAAUGUGUUUCUUUUUAUGUUAAUAAUGUAUCAUUAUUAUAGUAAUUGUGGCGUUGUAGGUCUCAGAUGAAAUUAUACCAUUCUAAUAUCUAGGGGACUAUUGGGUAAAUGUAUGAUGCGUCAUUAUGGGGGAGAUGUGGUAACAGCGCACGUUAUAUGCACUGAUACCACUUCUCCCCCAUGUAUGACAGCUCAGUGACAGGCGUGCUAUGCCCCCUGUCCAUAUCGGCGCUGCUACUUUUAAGAUAGCACGCCAAUAUGCGGGGUCAAUGUAUGAAUGGUUGAUUUCAACAGCUCCAGGUGGCGAUGCCCUAUCUCCAUAGCAGAGACAGAGCUGUUCCUGGCUGUGGCGGGCGCCGGCUCCGGACUGCGCAGGAGAUCUCUCAUAAGUAGCAAGAUCCCGCACAUGUGUAACGGAGCUGGCUGGGCAGGGAGACACAGCGCAUCAGCACAGAGCUAGAGCGCUAUGUGCUCAGGGGGUCAUUGCUCACCCGCUUCGGCAGGCAAGAUGUUAAUACAUCUUGUCGAUGUCCCUUUCUGCUUCACCUCAGUAAUGAAGUGUUAUCACGGCACAAUCCGUACCACUAUAAUACAUUUACCCCUAAGUGAAUAACUAGUUUCUAUAGCUUUCUCCUCUCUGUUCUAGCAAAUGACCAGAUAAUGGAGAAAAAGGGGAAACUUGCAUUGUUAUGUUUAGCAAAGGGACUGGGAAAAAAUUCCAUGCUUUGCGUUCCCCAUACCUGCUCCUACAUCUGCCUCUGCAAAGCCCCAUGUGCACUGUCAGUCCGGCGUCUAUGUACUGAGAUCAGCAACCUCUAUGCAAGUAUCCAUUCCUCCUCCAUUCUCCAGUUGAAAGCAGUAAUAGUGGGUAGGCUGAUAUAGAUAGGGCCAUAUGCACAUGUCCAAAUGCUGCCCAAACACAUUACAGUGGGGUUACCAGGUCUCGUUUGCUAAGCAUCUGUAAUAUGUGCUCUUCUCACUUCUGGGUUAGCUGUUAAAGGUAAAUUAGUUGCAUUACUUUCUAUUCUGCCACACCAAACACGACAUGCUAGGAUUUUGAUUACUUAUAGGGGGUCAUUCUGAUCCAUUCGCACGCAGCGGUUUAUCGCUGCGGUGCGAACGGGUCCAGAAUGCGCAUGUGUGGCGGCCACAAUACGCGUGCGCAACGUUGCCCAGCGACAGGGGUCGCGUCUAACGAAGGAAGCCGUCGCAGAGCUGACCGCAAAGGAGAUUGACAAGAAGAAGGCGGAUCCGGACUGUUGGAGACCGUUUUCGGGGAGUGGUAAGGAAAACGCAGGCGUGUCCAGCAGAACGGAUGUCUGACGUCAAAGCCGGCUCCAGCAUUGCAGAGAUCGUCGCACAGGGUAAGUAUGUCCAGGUCUCAUCUACUUCUGCAUGAACAUUUUUUAGCUUAGCAGGGCUACACCAGCGAUCGCAGCCCUGCUAAGCUAAAAUACACUCCCACAUAGGCGUGUGCUAGUUGAUCGCAGCAGCAGCAAAAAGUUGCUGGCUGCGAUCAACUCGGAAUGACCACCAUAAUACAGUAGGUUGAGCCGCCAAGAGAAAUGUAUUUCUUUAGUGCUGCCGCUUCUAUGACACCCGCAAAGCAUGUAGCCUCAACUAUGUGGCUGCAUGAACUCCCCCUUCCCCUUGUAUGUGCAGCUGUGGGGGGAGAGAUAGGAAGCUAUUG